AUGACUACUCAUCGCACCGCAUCGCGCUCGCCAGAUCAAAUGGCGCCCACCUACACCGAGAGAGCCGAUGCCCACACCUCGCCGCUUGCCCAGCGGUUGUUCCGGCUCAUGGAGCUGAAGCAGACCAACUUGUGUGCCUCGGUCGACGUCACCACCACCCAGGAAAUGUUGGCGUUGGUCGACAAGUUGGGGCCCUACAUCUGUCUCGUGAAGACCCACAUCGACAUCAUCGACGACUUCACCUACGAAGGCACGGUGGUGCCGCUUUUGGCGCUCGCCAAAAAGCACAACUUUUUGAUUUUCGAAGACCGCAAGUUCGCCGAUAUCGGCAACACCGUCAAGCACCAGUACCUGGGCGGUGUGUAUAAGAUUGCUCGUUGGGCCGAUAUCACCAAUGCCCACGGCGUCACCGGUGCUGGUAUCGUCAAGGGGCUCAAGGAAGCCGCUGAAGAAACUACUGACGAGCCCAGAGGGUUGUUAAUGUUGGCGGAAUUGCUGCUGAAGGGGUCGAUUGCCUACGGCGAGUACACGGAGAAGACGAUUGAGAUUGCUGAAUCGGACAAGGAGUUCUGCAUCGGGUUUAUCGCUCAGCGUAAGGUGGAAAAGCCCGGUUUCGACUGGAUCAUCAUGACCCCCGGCGUCGGUUUGGACGAUAAGGGCGAUGCUCUCGGCCAACAGUACCGUACUGUCGACGAAGUGGUGUCUACGGGCUCCGAUAUCAUCAUCGUCGGUCGUGGUCUUUUCGGUAAGGGCCGUGACCCCGUGGUUGAGGGCCAACGGUACCGUGACGCCGGCUGGGCCGCCUACCAAAAGCGCUGCCAACAGUAA